AUGUUUUACAUAUUUAUUUUCCAUUUUAGGUUAUUCUUCGUGGGAGCACGGGAAGGCCACAUGCCACUUGUCCUGACUAUGGUUAAUAAAGACACAAGAACACCAAUUCCAGCUGUCAUUUUUACAGGUUUGCUAUCCAUUGCAUUUUUGUCCUUAUCGAAUAAUAUAUAUUCGUUGAUCAAUUAUAUACAAAUUGUUUACUGGUUAGCAAUCAUUUGUGUUAUAGCAGCCUUACUUUGGCUACGAAAAACCAUGCCAAAUGCUGAACGACCAAUAAAGGUAAAUUUGUUCUUCCCAAUAAUUUUCCUUAUCGGAUGUAUAGCACUAGUCGUCAUUCCCAUUAUUGGCUCAUUGAAAGAUACGGCGAUCGGUAUCGGAAUUAUGUUGACAGCCCUUCCUGUUUACGCAGUUUUUAUCGCUAGAGGGAAACCACCGAAAUUCCUUGAGAAGAUAUCAAGUUCACUUACGACUUUCAUUCAGAAACUGUUUAUAGUGGUUGAUGACAGUAAGGAACAAUAA